AUGGCGGCCGGGCAGAUCCGGGCGCUGAGCGGUGCCGCGCUCGGGAGGCGACCUCCCGCCGUCCCGCCGCCGAAGCCGCAGUGGGUCGGCGCGGGGUUCCAGCCGCAGCGCAGCUUCACCCUUCGCUCCACUCCCGAGGGAGACGGCGGCCGCUCCGCGCCUGGCUCGCAGGGUAGGCCCGAGGGAGCGGCGACGUGCCCGGCGGGCGAAGAGUUAACGGCGGCGGAGCGGCGGAUCGCCGAGCUGCACGCGGCCGCCUGCGCGGCUGGCCAGCUAAACUACGUGGAUCCGGCUACUGGCUACGUGGUGCUCACACAGCUCGCCCACUUGCAGAGAGGGGACUGUUGUGGCUCUGCCUGCAGACACUGUCCAUAUGGUCAAGUCAAUGUUAAAGAUCCAUCUAAAAAGAAGCAAUUCAAUUCAUAUUUUUAUGUUUGACAACAAUUUCAUCUCCUUUGUCUAAUUGAAUUUGUAUUUUUUUAAAAAUAAAGCCCUAAUUGAGCAUUGCUUUCUGUGCUGUUAGUAUUUGAACACAGUUUAAUCUUAAAUACAUACAUUAAAAGAACAUCAAUAAAAUGAAAAAUCUA